AUGGAUCUCCCGCCGCUCUCCCACCAGGCGCUCUUCGCCGCCGUCCGAUCCGCCGACGCGGCCGCGGUCCGCGCGCUCCUGGCCGACGCCGAGGCGUCGGGCACCUCCCUGGCCGCGCUCGCCGCCGCGCAGACGGACGCCAGGGAGACCGCGCUGUACGUCGCCGCGGAGGCCGGCAGCGAGGAGGUCGUGCGCCUCCUCCUCCCGCUCUACGACUUCGAGGCCGCCACCGUCCGCUCACGCCUCGACCUCGACGCCUUCCAUGUCGCCGCCAAGCAGGGCCACACCGGGGUUGUGAAAGAGUUCUUGGGGCGGUGGCCCGGGCUUUGCUCAGUUUGUGACUCUUCCAACACUAGUCCUCUCUACUCCGCUGCUGUCAAGGAUCACUUGGAUGUGGUAAAUGCUAUACUGGACACUGAUGAUAGCUGCAUAAGGAUUGUGCGGAAAAAUGGGAAGACAUCCCUACAUACUGCUGCAAGAAUUGGAUACCAUCGUAUUGUCAAAGCACUCAUUGAGAGGGAUCCAGGAAUCGUUCCGAUCAAGGAUAGGAAGGGACAAACUGCGCUUCACAUGGCUGUGAAGGGCAAAAAUACAGAUGUAGUGGAAGAGUUACUGAUGGCUGAUGUUUCCAUUCUCAAUGUGCGCGACAAGAAAGGAAAUACUGCCUUGCACAUAGCUACACGGAAAUGGAGGCCCCAGAUGGUACAGCUUCUUCUUAGCUAUGAAACACUUGAAGUCAAUGCUAUCAAUAGUCAAAAUGAAACAGCUAUGGAUUUGGCUGACAAAGUUCCUUAUGGUGAGUCUAAAACGGAAAUAAUAGAGUGGCUGACAGAGGCUGGUGCAAAGAAUGCCAGAAAUGUGGGGAAAAUUGAUGAAGCAUCAGAACUGAGGAGAACUGUGAGUGAUAUCAAGCACAAUGUUCAGGCACAGCUUAGCGAGAAUGCUAAGACCAAUAAACGAGUGACUGGGAUUCGCAAAGAAUUGCAGAAACUGCAUAGAGAAGCUAUUCAGAACACCAUCAAUUCAGUCACCAUGGUAGCAACCCUGAUUGCCUCCAUUGCCUUCGUUGCCAUAUUCAAUUUGCCAGGUCAAUACUUCCAAGAUGUGAAUAGUGGGGGGGACAUUGGUGAGGCUCACAUAGCCAAGCUUACUGGUUUUCGUCUCUUCUGCCUUCUGAAUGCCACUGCUCUCUUCAUUUCCCUCGCGGUGGUCGUUGUGCAGAUCACCUUGGUUGCCUGGGAAACUGGUGCCCAGAAGCAAAUUAUCAAGAUUGUAAAUAAGCUCAUGUGGACGGCAUGCCUUAGCACAGGUGCGGCUUUUAUCUCGCUGGCCUAUGUUGUAGUUGGCCCGCAGCAUGCCUGGAUGGCCUUCACAGUAUCAGCCAUCGGAGGGCCGAUCAUGAUUGGAACCCUCCUUUUCCUAGCCUAUCUGCUGUUGCGCCCACGGUUCAAGUUCGGCGAAGACAGACAGCGCCGCAUCAAGAGGGCAAGCGGCAGCAAGUCCUUCUCCUGGUCACUCCAUGAUGGUUUUUCAGAUCUUGAAGCCUUCUCUGAUAAUGAGAAGAGGAUCUAUGCCCUGUAG